AUGACGUAUGCAACACUCUGCUUUACCUCUGAUUUCUUCAACGCAAAACCGUCCAUACCCAAUGGGAUCCUUUCAUCAGGCGGAGAGUUCACGAACGAGACCGAGAAGCUAUCAGGAGAGAGUGCCACUGCAUCACGCUUUCACCUUCCGACCGAAACAACGAUUGCCGCAAUAGAGAAUGCUUCUGCAAUUGCUUCCCCAAGCCCGCCAUCCAAAUCUGCUCUCAAGGACAGCGAUGCCACUUUGCUCGAUACGGUACCAGCUUAUAUCAAAGCUAUCAUGGAUCCGGAAGAUACGACAUUUCCAAGACUGGACUGCCCGGUUUUAAAUGACCAUCGAUAUCAUUACCUUAACACCAAGUCCUCAGAGACGCCCCACGAUUCUACCACGAAUUUGCGCCCAAAAUACUUCUUCGCGCUCGACCUCCAUCAGCGCGCGAGUUUACUUCCUCGCUUGUUCGGUUCAAUCGUCGAAAGCAUACGCUUCCUCGGUCCACAAAAUUGCGCUCUGUCGGUUAUAGAAGGCCGUUCGGACGACGGAACCUUUGAGAUCCUUUCGUCGCUGCGCAAGGAAAUCGAACGUAUAGGUGUCAAAUACUACUUCAACUCGAGCGGCAUCGACCCUUCAGCAGGCGAUCGCAUUAACGCAGGUGAUCGCAUCAAAGGUCUAGCGGAGCUGCGCAAUCAAGCACUGCAACCACUUAUGGACUAUCAUUACGAGGGGAGUUCUAUGGAUGAUACCACCAUAAUCUUCCUCAAUGACGUAGCAAUCUGCUCCGAGGACAUCUUAGAAUUGAUCCACCAACGCCGCUGUCAGCAUGCUGAUAUGGUCUGCGGUAUGGAUUGGACGUAUGUUGGCCCCGACCCUACCUUCUACGACGUCUGGAUCGCUCGCGGCAUGAACGGUGACACUUUUUUCGAAAUACCGGAAGACGGUAAUUGGGACUCAGCCUGGAAUAUCUUUUGGAAUAACCCUAUCGCGCGAGAACGUAUUUGGGAGGGGAAGCCAUUUCAAGUCUUUUCCUGUUGGAAUGGCGCUACAGCUUUCACCGCAAAACCUUUUCUUGAGUCAAAGAUCAGAUUCCGCGGUUCGCAUGAGCAUGAAUGUCCGCAGGGCGAACCGAUGACUUGGUGCACGGAGAUGUGGCAUCUGGGAUACGGGAAGAUCGCAGUGGUACCAAUCGUCAAUAUUGAGUAUAGUGAUGAGGCGGCGACGAAGAUCAAGGAUGCGAAGGGCUACGUUUCUGGCUGGGUGGGACGAGGGGGUGAGAGCGAUGCGAGGAUUGAGUGGGAAUCGACACCGCCUGUGGCUGUCAAAUGUAUGCCGAAUUACGGUAAUCAAACCUGGGUGCCGUGGGAAAAGCAGCUUGGUGGGAUGGAUCCGGCACCCAGAGGAGUGGACCUGGUUUAG